AUCUUUUCCUUAUGCAUUUGGAAGAUAUGUACUACCAAACCAGAAACACUCCCUAGUUUUUUUAGGCAAUGAGGACAUUUGAAGUGUCGAGCCUUCUGGUGCAUCACUAAAAUGCGCUCAUCUACGAACUUUCUUUCACAAUACCUAUUAUUUCGACAGAGACAGGAUGAAGUCUGGACAAUAUGGCUGGGUAGGGGAGGCAAAAAUCUGGAACGCGCAGUUACAGGAACGAGAUAGACUAAAAUAUUUACAGCUAUUUUACCGGAUUUGCAAGCAUGUAAUAGGUUGAAUAAAUCCGGUAGAAUAAAGCCUGAAUUCAGCAGUGAACAAGAAACCUAUGGCGAUAACUGAAAAAUUGAUAGGUGAAGCGAAGAUGGAUUUUUGUAAAUAGAAAACCAAAUUUUAUUGGGUCCGAAAAAAAAUAACACAGAGCGAGCAACAAAGAUAUAUUCAAAAACACCAAUUGCCAGCACUUUUUUCGAAUUCCAACGACAGUCGAUUAGGUUUGGCACGCAUAAAACUGAGGUGAUAUAAAUUUGCAGAUUUAUCUAGUGGGAGUGUGAACUUUAUGUGGACAUUGAUGCAUAAUGAGGGCAGCUUGUAGUUUAGAAAAUAUGAAAUGUAAGGCAGAUAUGGAUUAUGAUGUUUUUAAAAUAAAAUACAACUUUGAUUCAGACAAUUCAGUUGUUUUGCGUGAUGCGCAAAAGGAACAGCUCAGAACAUGUGUCUGCAAAAAACAUGUCGACUUGGGCCAGAAUACAAAAAAAAUCAUGAACAAACUCGCUCUUGAUUGCCAAGAUACUAAAAAAUGGGGUUUUAUAGCACCUCGUCUAGAGACUUCAUAUCUCCUUGACCGUUCAUUUGAUUGCAGUUGCGGGCUGUCGAUUAGCGUCACAAAGAUAAAAUCAUGCAUAUCCAUCAAUGUUUUGCUUUUUGAAUCCAUUUUCAUGUUUCAUGCUGCGAUGUGUUGGAUGUUCCUGCGCAAAUCAGAUAUGCUUGAAUACGAUCAGCUGAUUCAAGACACAGAGUGGAAAGAUUUCGUAAAGGAACGAGCCGAGGAUUUGUACCUGCUUGUCAUUCUCGGACCAGCACCCAACCUCGAUGUCGACAGAGAGUCACUGAACAUUCCUUUUUUGAAAACCUCAGAAUAUUCUCGGUUUUCUCCUCUCACGCAGCCUGGGUCAAUCGUCCGCACAACAUACAGCAAGAAGGGCUAUAUUUUCGAAGGUAUGAGCGAGGUCACGGCGGAUAAACAUUCGUUCAACAAUGAGUCGUAUUUAGAUUACAUGAACAAAACCUACAUGAUCAAGGUAGAGGACCAGCUAGGGCGGAUGGCAAGUGUUCGAGAAUUCACUCUCAACCACAAAAAACUGUGCCUUUUUGAAGAAGAAGGCAUCUCAGUGCGCAACAAGACGCUGCUGUCUCCAGAAUUCAUGAUCGUUUAUCCCCUGGAUUUGGACUUCCUUUUCCGAGGGUCCACCCUAAUCCCCAUUUUCGAGCAGUACAAAAGACUCGUCUACGUAUUCCACUUUAUAAGAUUGGAAAUUGGAGUGCAAAUUUCAGUGGAUUUAGCGAACGAAGCACUAACGGAUGUAUCCUUGUCCGAAAAAUCGAAUUACAAGCACCUCUCAUCGCUAGGCGAUAGCGUUUUGAAUUAUAUCACAACCUUGUCAUUGUUCGGCGUUUGCUCUUCUGUAGGUGAAAUCGAUCACAGAUGCGUCUCUCUGGUAAAAAACCAAUUCCUGGCUGGCAUUUUCGAAGAUAUGAAGUUGGAUGUGGCAGUCGACUUUCAGCAUCGAGGCAAGAAAUUGCCAAAUUAUUCCCAGCUCUCAAUGCAUGAAAAGGCCGGGCUAAUCGAAGCCCUGUUAUGUGCCUCUUUCAUAUCUGGUGGAAUUGAGAAGGCAAGAGAACUUCUGUCUAAAAUUUCACCUAAACACAAGCAAUUAUUCAACGCUGCUGUCACCAACGAAAUGGCCUGCACUUUUUCAACCGAACACUUGACAGACAGUCUGAAAUUAUGCACAAACAGACAGGACUUCCGACUCCAUAAAAACUCGCGUAUGCGCAUAUUACGCUCCUAUUUGCGAAUCAUCUACGCAAAGUCCAAAGCAGCAAAUCGCAAACUCGCAUUACUAGGCGAUAGUUGCUUAGAUUUGCUUGUCAUGUGGUGCAUUUUCAAAAAUUGCCCCUUUGUCAAACCAAGUCAGGCAUCUGCCAUCUGCAGCAAACUAGUCUCUAAUUCUCAUUUUACCAAAUUAGUUACCGAAUAUGGAUUGGUCGAUGAGUUGUCUAACAUCUCAUCCCCAACACAACCUGAAGCCAUAAAAAAUCUGUCAAACAGGUAUUUUGGCACCUUAUUUGAAUCCAUUGUGGGUGCCAUCUUUUUAGAUUUAGACAAUUCAACAACAUUAUUUAUCCAACUCUUUGAGCCUCUAUUUGAACAAGACGUUAUCAGUUUAUCAGCAUGUUCAUAA